UUGGGACUGGCCAUCAGAGGAGUUACUGCUGGUCAUUUUCCAGCAGCCACGUUCAUACUGGUCUCAAUGGGUAGUACCUUUAUUUUACUGGUAGGAUGGAGAACACUGUUCACAUCUGUCUUUCCUAAUGAUGAGCAGAACAGAAAGAAAAGAGAGAUUUACAAGCAAGGAAGUCCACUAGAAUUUUUUGAGCUGCUUACUUCUUUAGUGAGGCGGUGGUAAUCAUUUAUGGUAUAUAUUGCCAGAGAACUGUAGAUUUGCUGUCAAACUUGUUUUACCCAGUCCUUUUUCUCUUACAAGGACGAUGAUUUAGCAGUCAUCUGGCAUUUGAAUUGUUUCCAAGGAUCCUUAUCUUCUCUCUCCCAUUCUGCUUUAUUGUAUUACCUUAUAACUCUUCUAGUAUUGUGCUCUACAUGCCUGACAGUAUCCAAUAGUUCCAAUUGAUCCACAAAUAUAUAAAUAUAAAUUCAGAGGAAAAGCAAAUAGUUAGGCAAUGGCAUUUUCUAUUCCUUUACACACAGCUGACACUAAGGAAUCUAUUCUUGUUUUUGAGAAUUUGUGCUAAAAGACAUAACAUUUGUUGUAUUAGAAUAUAACUGUGAUUAAUUGUAAGAUUUGAAUAAAGGAAAAUAGAAUAAUCUUACUGGACAA